UACACUCGCGCUCUCCGGCACAUCCACACGCGCUGCCACAGCUCAGCGCGAGCACAGCAGUGCGCUUCAACACGCUUCUGUGCGCAACACCAAUUCCACUCCUGUCCGGCAGUUUGGACAAAACUUGGUGCCUCCCGAGUAUGACUGAAUGACUUACUAGAGCAAGAAGAUAGCAGAACAUUUAAACUCGGAGGGCAGUGUGUUUUAAGCGGACGAUUAAGGGAGAGAUCCCUGCGGAAACCCAUAGGCUAUCAAACCAUCGGAGACCGAUCAGGCAAUGGAGCGCAAUAACGCACGCAAAUCCGUGACGGCGUUAUAACGGAAUAAAGUUGAAGACCUCUAAUUUAGUCUUAUUUGAGGAAAAACAGGCUGUUUCACGACAAAGCAUGACUUUAUGAAUAGCCUACAUGAAAUAGAUAAUGUCAUGCACAGUUUGCAUUUGCUGUGCGCAAUUGGCUCAACAGAACUGCCCUUGAAUAUGAAAUUCUAAGCACUACAAAGACAAAAAGGCGUAUUUUCUUUUCUUUUCUCAGUCUGUGUUAACGCCGUUUGUUCUUUGAAGAAGAUCACUAGUUGAACACAGGUCACUUCUUCAAGGCAGCGCAUGUUUGGAAAGAUGGAUUUCUGGAUAUCUCACCAUGGAAUUGCAUUUAUUUUUUGCUUCGUUCUGAAAGUCAGCGCAAAAGAAAUUGAGACAUGCGGAGGCCAGCUGGAUGCCAGUAACGCUGGUUACAUCACAUCUCCAGGAUACCCCCUGGAAUACCCGCCCCAUCAGAGCUGCCAGUGGGUGAUCAGCACACCUGAACCCUCGCAGCGCAUCGUGCUAAACUUCAACCCCCACUUUGAGCUGGAACGACUGGAUUGCAGGUAUGACUUCAUAGAGAUUCGAGAUGGGAAUUCUGAGUCCGCAGAUCUGCUGGGAAGGCACUGCAGUAACAUCGCUCCUCCUGCCAUAAUUUCCUCAGGUCCUGUCAUCCACAUCAAGUUUGUGUCUGAUUACGCGCACCAGGGUGCCGGUUUCUCCUUGCGCUACGAGAUCUACAAGACUGGAGCCGAGCACUGUUUCCGUAAUUUCAGUGCUCCAACCGGAGUGAUCGAGUCUCCUGGUUUCCCUGACAAGUACCCUCAUAAUUUGGAGUGCUCCUUCAUCAUCAUCCCUCCUCCUCAGACGGAGGUCACACUCACCUUCCAGACCUUUGACCUGGAAAACGACCCUUUGCUGAUGGGGGAAGGAGAAUGCAAGUAUGACUGGCUGGAAGUUUGGGACGGCCUGCCACAAGUGGGACCCCUGAUCGGACGAUACUGUGGCACGAAGAUCCCUCCAGAGAUCCAGUCUUCCACAGGUCUUCUGUCGCUUUCCUUCCACACUGACAUGGCUGUGGCCAAAGAUGGUUUCUCUGCCCGCUUUAACAUGACUCACAAGGAAAUUAGUGACUCAUUUCACUGUAGCAAUGCAUUUGGAAUGGAGUCUGGUAAGAUAUCUGAUGAUCAGUUUUCGGCCUCCACCUCGUUUUAUGAUGGUCGCUGGCAGCCCCGUCAGGCUCGUCUGAACAACGAGGACAAUGCCUGGACGCCCAGUGAGGACAGCAACAAGGAAUACAUUCAGGUGGAUCUUCAUUUCCUCAAGGUUCUGACUGGGAUCGCUACCCAAGGAGCCAUUUCCAAGGAGACCCAUAAGUCCUACUACGUCACCACCUUCAAACUGGAAGUCAGCACUAAUGGAGAGGACUGGAUGAUCUAUCGGCACGGCAAAAACCAUAAGAUUUUCCAUGCCAACACUGACCCAUCUGAGGUGGUUUUGAAUCGUAUUCCUCAGCCUGUUCUGGCCCGCUUUGUUCGUAUUCGACCGCAGACAUGGAAUAACGGCAUUGCGCUACGCUUUGAGCUUUAUGGCUGCCAAAUUACAGAUGCUCCAUGUUCAGAGCUCCAGGGAAUGCUGUCUGGCCUCCUCCCUGAUUCCCAGAUCUCAGCCUCCUCAGUGAGGGACCUUCAUUGGGCCCCUGGAGCAGCACGUCUGGUGGCCAGUAGAUCAGGAUGGUUUCCUGGCCCUGCCCAGCCUUUAGCAGGAGAAGAAUGGCUUCAGGUGGACCUUGGGACACCCAAGACGGUGCGAGGAGUGAUAACCCAAGGAGCGAGGAGUGGGGAAGGAGGAACCAGCUCAGAGAACCGGGCUUUCGUUCGGAAGUAUCGUUUAGCACACAGCCUGAAUGGAAAAGACUGGAACUUUGUAAUGGAUAGCAAGACUAGCAUGCCCAAGCUUUUUGAGGGGAACACACACUAUGACACCCCAGAGCUGAGGCGUUUUGAGGAACUGGCGGCACAGUUUAUCCGCAUCUAUCCAGAGCGCUGGUCUCCGGCAGGGAUCGGAAUGAGAAUGGAAGUCCUGGGCUGCAAUCUGCCAGAAAGAGUAGAGACAUCCAAACCAACUCAACCGUCCUCUGUAGAAACCACCACAAUGCAGAAACCCAGUCCAGUUACCAGUGCUGCUCUGCCGUCUCACAAAGGACUGUGUGAUUUUGAGCAAGGAUUGUGUGGUUGGACCCUUGACCCGGAUUCUGACCUCAGCUGGGCGCUACACAGCUCCAGCAAAAGCACCGCCUUGGGUCAGAGUCAAGAUCUCUCCAUGGGCUCAAACAGUUUGGGAAACUACCUGUACAUUGAGGCCAGUCCUGAGACGGUGGGCCAGAAAGCCCGGCUGUUCAGUCCCAGUGUGGAUCCCGACACCGGACCUCUCUGCCUGAUGUUCUCCUAUCAGCUGGAAGAUCAGGGAACCCUGAGGAUCCUGCUGCAGAACAAAGACCAAGAGGAAACCCUCCUCUGGUCCCUCCGUGGAGACCAGGAGCCCAUCUGGAAAGAAGGACGGACCAUCAUACCUCGAUCUCCAAAUGAAUUUCAGGUGGUAAUUGAAGGAUUUUUUGAGGGUACCAAAGGCCACAUCUGGAUCGAUAACAUCCACAUGAGUGUGAACACACCACUGGAAGAGUGUACUCAACCUUUUACCGCGUUCCCUCCGGACAUGACCGUUAAAAAAACAGCAGUCGGAAAUGGGCGUCUCUUCAACGGGAAGGACCACAUAAAUGCAGGUUUCCAGUUUCCAGAGUGGAGCACAGCCGAAACGCCAUCAGAGCCUCCGGUGACACGCGUAGUCGAUAAGGACAACACAUGGCUGUACUCUCUGGACCCCAUUCUCCUGACCAUUAUCGUCAUGAGCUCUCUGGGUGUUCUUCUAGGUGCUGUGUGUGCCGGCCUCCUUCUUUACUGUACCUGCUCAUAUGGCGGCUUGACGUCACGCUCGUCUACCACUUUGGAGAACUACAACUUUGAGCUGUAUGAUGGGAUUAAGCACAAAGUAAAGCUUAACCAACAGCGCUGCUGCUCCGAGGCUUGAGGAAAACAGAUGGGGAGAUAUCAAGUAUCCUAAAAUGACCCCCAAGUAACCCGAUUUGACUCUUUGAAGAGACAAGCCUCAUCUCUAAGUAUUCCUGGAAUGCAUGUCCAUCUCAGCUGGAAAGCUCCUAGACUGAACUUUUCCUGGAGCUUAUUUUCCAAGCAGUUGUGCUUAUUUAGCUCUAACACUGCUGCCAAGGACUUCCUUGUCUUUCACUGAAUUACAUCAAAAGUGGAGAGUUUUGUGCCACAAGGAUUGAAACCCUUUCCAGGGCUCAGCCUCAAAACAAAUGUUGAUACAUAUCAAUGUUCUGCUAUUCCAAAAAGAUGAGAGUAUAUCAGCUUAGAUUUCUAAGAGGUCUAGUUUUUAAAAUGUGAGAUUUGUUGCUGGACUUUCAAGCCACAAACUUCUGUCCCCCAUCAUUCCCAAAAGUAAAUUUUGUGGCCUAGGUUGUUGUGCAUUGUUUUUAAAGGCUUUGGGUUUAAUCUUGCUUAAUUGUUUUCCCUCAAAGAGAAGUUUAGUAGCCCAGGGUGAUUAUAUGUCAUUAUUAUUGAGUGUUUACAACCCAUUUCUUUCAGCCAACCGUUUGUUUCUCUUGUCAGUCUGACAGCUUGGAAAUGGAAAAGUAAGACAUAUUAAGGGUUCUUAAAUUUAGUUUUCGGCACAGUGUGUUUUGUGGAUUGUGUUUUGAAAAAAAAAAAAAAAAGGCACCACACUUGUUUGAAACGACUGAGGAUUUUGUCAGUGCAACCUAUGGAUUGCUGUAACUGGGAGACAAAGACUGCCAAGCUAAUGUGUGAGAUUUGAGCUAGCAAACAGGUAUUAAAUAAUGUGAAACAAGGGUUGAAAGGCUGACAGAUACUGAAGGGAUAUGUUUGAAAUACGGUUUCUGUUAUUUUUAUUUAUUUUUUACUCUGGGCAUUAAAGAAUGCUACAGUUAUUGGCUCAGAUAACUUCAGGUCCACUGCUUGUAUUUAAAAAAAGGAAAGAACAUUUUCAAAAAUAGACUCAAAUCUACGCCAGUCGUGUGCAGUUUAUCUUGGCUCUUGGGUCAAACAGAUAUUUUUACACAUCAAAAUGAUUGUUUAUAGGUCCAUGCGAGGUCAAAUAGUUUAGAUUUGGAUCAAUCUGAAAAAUAAAAAAGCAUAUACAAACAUAUUUAAUAUAUUUUAUUGAAAUCCUUAUUUGAGAGGCCGAGAUGAGUGUUACAAAACCAGUGGUCAUUAAUUCACCUUAAAAAAAAAAAAAACAUUUAUUGAUCAUUUAGGUUAUGUGCAAACCAGUAAGUGCUUAACACCGAGCUUUGAGGAUCUCCAAUGGAUUGAUGUACACCAUACAGAAGUUCUUUCCUCUGUUUCAUUCCCAGUUGAUUUUUUUCUGUCUUUUACUCAGUUUUAUGUUUCCAUGCUUAGGCUUUAUGUUAACAGGAGACAGGUUUGGUUGUAAAUCUGCUCCCCUGUGGUUUUCGAAGACUGGAAAAAGGUGGAAGACAGAUGCCGUAAAUAUUUACCUAUUUGCUCAGAUGGGAUCCCCCACUCUCAUACACACUUAAAAAUGCAUUGUUGGAGUUGGUGAAAAUAAAUGCACCCAAAGCACACUAUGCCUCUGCAGAAGACGACACGUUAUGAGAGUCUGGAAUCUUUGAUAUGGAGUUUUGAGACUCUGAUACUUCUUAUCUUCUUGAAGACUCUUGCUACUGGACCCCUGGACUUUUGCAAGUGCCUUGGAGUUAUUCUGUUCCAGCCUCGGCUAUGAACCUGAAAAAGACUGCUUUGGAGCGUUUUUCUGACUUAAACACUCGAAAUACUUGAGAAUCACAGCACUGGGUAGAAUUCCAGUCUCUCU